AGAAGUAGUUGUUUCAUGUGGCUUAUAAGCAUUCAUUCAUGGGACUUGUAACAUCUCAAGCGGCUGAAAAGUGCAUCAUUGACAGUAUUCAUAUAACACUUGACUAGCAGCAUUGCAAGAAACAUGAGCUCAACGGAGGAAAAUGAACCAACAAUCCUACGAGAGAGCAUCCCGUAAUCAGGUCACAUUUCACUGUGGACUCAGCAUCCAUCUCCUUCAUCUGAAAGAACACCUUUAAGAACGUCCGUUAGUUGACCAAGCUGUCAACAAGCACCGAACGAUGAUGGAGAUCAUCAAUUCAGGGUGCCUUCUAGUAGCGGCUGUAAUGAUAAUAGGAUCUUCCGCGCAAGAAGAAGUGAAGACUGAAAAAGAACCCGGAAAAACAGGGAAUUUCAUGGAAGAUGAGCAGUGGCUGGCCACCAUUUCCCAAUACAGUCGCAAGAUCAAACACUGGAAUCGCUUCAGAGAUGAAGUGGAGGAUGACUACAUACGACCAGGGGAUGCAGGUCAGGUUUCAAAUGAAAAUGUGGACUCCACUAAGGACCCCUGCCACGGGGUGAAGUGCAGCCAGCACAAGGUCUGUGUUGCUCAGGGCUCCCAGCGCGCUGUGUGUGUGAACCGCAAGAAGCUGGAGCACAGAAUGAAUCUUCCAUUGGUUAAGACUGAGCAUAGCUGUAACCCAUGCCCUGUGUCCACGUCUGGUCCUGUGUGUGGAUCUGACGGCCAUAACUAUGCCUCCCAGUGUAAAGUGGAACAGCAGGCUUGCCUCACGGGGAAGGAGCUGAGUGUGAAGUGUUCUGGUUCCUGCCCCUGUGCCUCGCCUGCGCCCCCUACUGGUCGGGACAGCAUACACGAGAGCUGCACGGGGCAGGACCUGGCUGAUUUGGGGGACCGGCUGCGGGACUGGUUCCAGCUGCUCCAGGGCAAUGCCAAACAGAACUCCACAGGCGGCCCAUCAGCCAGCGUGGGCUCCGAGAUAGACAGAAGCUUGGUGGCCUCCUGCAAGGACUCCAUUGGUUGGAUGUUCUCCAAGCUGGACACUAAUGAUGACCUCUACCUGGACCAGGCUGAGCUGGCUGCCGUUAACCUGGACAAGUAUGAGAUCUGCAUCCGACCCUUCUUCAACUCCUGCGACUCCUACCGCGAUGGCAAAGUCUCCAUGGCCGAGUGGUGCCUGUGCUUCUGGAGAGAGAAGCCUCCCUGUCUGGCUGAACUACAGAGAAUCCAAGUGCAAGAGGGUGCCAAGAGAAAGCUGGGAGCCUUCAUCCCCAGCUGUGAUGAGGAUGGCUACUACCGUAAGCUCCAGUGUGACCAGAGCCGAGGGGAGUGCUGGUGUGUGGACCAGCACGGAGGGGAGCUAAUGGGCUCCCGCAUCCAUGGCAACCCUGACUGUGAUGAAGUGGUGGCGUACUCUGGAGAUUUUGGCAGCGGGGUGGGUUGGGAGGACGAAGAGGAAAAACAAGAGGCAGAGGAGAACGCUGAAGAAGCUGAGGAGGAAGAGGAAGAGGAGGAGGUGGGAGAAGUAGAUGAUGGAGGAUACAUCUGGUAGAAGUGAAACUCUGAAUGGCUACUUGACAUAACAAACCUCUCUGUUAGUGAGGGUUACAAGGACAGCUCUCAAUCUCUUGACGCAAAAUGAUGGUUGGGAAAGUGGUUGUCUGGACAUCAUUCCUCAACACGCAAGAACAGCACGGGUGGGUCAGGACAUUGGGUAGUCACAGUGGAAAUGGGAUACGGGAGAAGGGAAUUCAAAAUGUUUGUCUUAAAUUCUUGUGAAACUU